AUGAAGCACCCAGACGCACGAGCUUGCAACGUCAUAAUGUGUUUCGGAGGAAAGAAUGAGAGAUCUGACGAUCCCCCGCCACGACCUGUCCCAAACUACCAGAGCCAGAGCCACAACAACGAGAACAAGAUGAGCAGCUUUGCCAGCAACAAUCCCUACAAUAACCGUCCCGGCCAGAACCAGUCUGGUAGCAACGGCGAAGGCGGCUCAUCCAGCUACUACAAUGCGCCAGGACAACAGCAGUAUGCGCCGCCUCCUGGCCCGCCACCCUCGCACAACCAACAGCCGCAAGAAGACUUUGCCCCUCCUCCUGGGCCUCCCCCGUCCCACAGGCCGCAGCAGCAAGACGACUAUGCUCCUCCUCCUGGACCACCGCCAGGCAAGGGCCAGGACAACAGUAGCUGGAUAAAGCCGCCGCAAGACGGCCCGUCCCAGCAACCACAGCACAACUGGGAGACAGCCGUGCCGGACACAUCGCUAUUCCCGCCGCCACCGGCCCUCUUUAGCGGCUACGACCGCUCGCCUGCCAACAACGCGACCGAGGAGGAAUGCAACGCCGGCGAGGCGUGGUGCGAGGACCACCAGCUUACCGCGCCCAUCCAGCUGGACGCGGCCGGCGCGGAUGCCCUCCGCCACCACAACUUCCGCCUCAUUGAGCCCACAGGCUUCAGCGGCCGCCUCGGCUGGCAGAGUCCCGGCGUCUGGGACGUCAGCACGCCGCGCAAGACGCCGGACCGCGCGCUCAUCAGCUACCCGCCGCUGUACGUCGUCCGGGAGCACGACCCCACGCGCACGCAGCGGCCCAAGACGGUGUACUACGAGAUCAAGCUCCGCCGCGGCAGCAAGACGGCCAACGUGGCGCUGGGCUUCACCGCACUGCCGUACCCGAGCUUCCGGCUGCCGGGCUGGCACCGCGGCUCGCUGGCGGUGCACGGCGACGACGGCCACAAGUACAUCAACGACCCCUGGGGCGGCAAGGACUUUACCGGCCCGUUCCGCCAGGGCGAGACGUACGGCAUCGGCCUGAAGGUGUCGCCGUCGCCCGAGGCGGCGCACAAGGGGCACGUGCAAAUCUUCUUCACGCGCAACGGCGUCGAGUCUGGCAGCUGGAACCUGCACGAGGAGACGGACGCGGAGGAGGACCGGGCCGUCACGGGCAUGGAGGGCUUCCACGACUUGUGCGCCUGCAUUGGCGUGUGCGACGAGACCGAUUUUGAGGUUGUGUUUGAUCCGUCCAAGUGGAUGUACCAGGGCAUCGAGAAGGAGUACUGA